CCACCUCCGGGGAUGUCCAGGCCUAUCAGAUCCGUGCAGCCCCCGCCAGCACCAUCACCCCUGGAGUGGUCAUGGCGUCCUCGCCUGCCCUUCCUACUCAGGGUGCCACGGAAGAGGUGACCAGAAAAAGGGAAGUGCGCCUCAUGAAGAACAGAGAGGCAGCUCGUGAGUGUCGCAGGAAGAAGAAAGAAUAUGUUAAAUGUCUGGAGAACAGAGUGGCCGUCCUGGAGAACCAAAACAAGACUCUUAUUGAAGAACUGAAAGCUCUUAAAGACCUUUACUGCCAUAAAUCUGAGUAGCUCUUCACCCGAACACCCAUCUGGGCCAAGUAGUAUUUCAGUUUCCUUCAAAUACUUCAGACUGUUUGAUUCCUCCUGCCUGGCCUGCCACUUUGCUUACGGUUGGUCUUCAUUUUAAUUUUAUUUUUUCCUCAAAGUCACUCAGUCAAGCUCUGCUUUUACUGCAGGCCAACAGUACAAUCAACAAAAAACAUCAAGUAGUGMACUGCCAUUCGGAGGUACAGUAAGAGUAACCAUUAGAAAGUGCUGAGUAAAACUUGGCACUCUAAAUCAAUUACUAGAAUCUUUGUUAAAUGUCUCUAAAUACAGGAUGAGGCUGAGAUCAUGUUGGAACAGCUUCAUUUUACUGGUAUGGUUUUAACCAAUGUUUAUAGUAGUUUGUACAUCACUUUUACAACUGUUUAUUGGAAACAGGUGCCUGAGUCAAACCAAGGGUGUUGUAGAGUCUCAGUCAUCCAGGAAAUGGCAAACCCAAGUGCUUGAAGAAAAGACAACUGGACUUCCUUUUUGUUUCCUGAAUGUGUUUCAUUUUUCAUCAGGCUCAGAGUUCGGGGUUUUCUCUCACAGAUUUAGUUUUACGACRGUGGCUAAUUGUUGGCAUCAAAAAGAAAAAAUAAGUAGGUCCUCUGGAUGGUUUCUUCUUUAGUGAAACGUUUCGU